UUGCGUUUUUCGGAAAUUUAUCUUGUUUACUGAUAGUUUAUGAUAGUGGAUUUAUUAGUGUAGUGUUGGUCUCGAAUCAAUUGGGUUGCGAUAAGAAAUAUUGAGUUACCUUGAAAUAACGGGACCUCAUCAACUGCUGCUUCGAUAAACGACUGUUACCGUUAAUUAGUUCUACCGGCGAAAGUUUUUGGAUCAUAAAAUGUCGACCGAGUGGGAAGUCGUUGUUAAACAGAAGAAAAGUCGUAAAAACGGUGGAGACAAAACUAAGAAAGCAGCAGCUGGUAAAGCCGAAUUUGCUAAAAUAGAAGAUGACACAAUGGAUCAGAUUCGGUCGCUGUACGCCAAUGUGAAGGACGAUGAAUUAUUCAGUUUCAAUCAGAAUAACAACCACGAGAAGAAGAACAUGGUUAAUGGGAAGCACGCGGCUCACGAUAGGAAAAAAUCACCGGCUCGGAAUCAGCAACAGCAAGCUAAAAGCAAACAGAAGAAUGAAUCUGAAAAACCGCGGCAGCAUGUUAAACCAAAAUUCAAAGAUGUUGAAGCUGCAUUAAAAUCUGUCGUUAUUAGCGACCUGCGUGCUCAUUUAUGGGCUGUGAAUGAAAAUUUUAAAGACAAUCAUUUGUUGAUUUUGAAGGGAAUCACAAUGUUUCUGAAUGAAAAACUUCGAGUCGAAAAUGCCGAUCCAGUUUUCGCAGGCAAAUCAUUGGCUUAUCCUUAUAAUGUCAUUCCUCAGGAACUAAAAGCACUUAUCGUUGAAUCUAUUGAAAAAGCCGGUAUUCAGAUUUUACAAUUUUUCUACGACUUAUCACUUUCAAAUUUGGCUGAAGAUAUGAACAAAAAUCUGCCCUACAUGGGUCACAUAAUAUUGUUGCAAGCAAUUGCCCUUCAAAAGCCCCAGGUUUGCAUUAACAAUCUAGCACGUAACGCGAUCCUGCGGAAUUCUUUCCAAAACCGCAGCAACAUUGGUCUUAGCCUGUUGUGGGCACUCGGCCAAGGUGGCUUUCAGGAUCUCAACGUUGGACUGAAGGUAUGGCAGGACAUCAUGGUACCCGUGGUAGAGCUUAAAACCUACAGCAAAUAUGUCUACGAGUACGUACACAGGAUACUUGUAAAACAUAAAACUGCCAGGUUGGAAAUUUCUUCCAGCGAUUUUCUCACUAUCCUCAGUUCACUCUCGACGCAAUCCAAGGCAAGCCGGGAUGUUACUAAGACACUGGAGGAAGCUUCCAUGCUGCUGGUGGAGCGGUACGUUUGUAGUGCACCGAAAGUAUCUAGCACCUUUACGACCAUGUUCAAAAACAUACAGUUUAUCGCGAAACCAGAACUUAUCUUUUUUGGACUGAUGCUGUGCCUAACUGAGGAUCCGGAGUGCUGGACCGUUUGGCGCGGUCUUUAUAGGAAAAAUGUGCAGCAAACGGCGGCGCUCCUUAAUUAUAUUGAUAAUUCUACUACGGAUGUUGCCUUAAAGUUAAUUAACGAUCGAUUGUUUCAUCAAUUUUUGGAUGAUAUUCAAUCCAUUAAUGUUGAAUUGGGACAAACGAGAAAAAAAGUAGAAGGACUGAAAGCUUCUAUUUCAAUACUGCAGCAAGUGCAGGAAAAAGUCUCCUCCAAGAAGAACAAAUCCGCCAAGUCCGCCAAAAACCGCUCGUCGGGACCCGUCCUAGUAUGCUGUACCUUCCUGUUGGGCACAUUCCUGCUGUUCGGUCUGACCGGUGCACUCAUCGGUUUCGACACCUACCAGGCGGGUGGAAAGUUUGAAAAAUCCCACACCGGGCAGCUGCUGAAGCAGGCGGGCCUGCUGCCGGCAGUGCAGGAUGCGUGGACCUGUACGCUCAAGCAUAGCGCACGGGGCUACAAGUGGGCCGAGGAAAAUGUACCCGUCUAUUAUCAGAGUACCAGUAAAGUCGUUGGACCAUACGUUGAAUUUUCGAUAGACUUCAGCAAAAUUCUGUGGAAUGGUGCCAAGAAGGGCUUUGGCAACGUAAAAUUGCUGGUCGAGCAAAAAUCGCCGGUAGUGGUGGAUUUUGUUGAACAGUACGCACCUGGACUGCCGAAGAAAAUCGGAGAUUUUGCUUGUUCGACGUGGACAACGGUCAGUACAUUUUCCGUCAAUACGUAUCAUCAGAGCUGCGAAUUCUUCAAAACAAAGGUGUUUGUUGGUCAGCUAUCACCGGAAAACUUGGGGAAAGCCUUCAACAGUACCCAACAGGCUGCUGCUCAGUACUAUAGCUGGUUCCACGAGCAGGUUGAUUUCUAUGCCAAAAUCAAGUAAAUGGGACAGCAAGCAGCGUCAAGUGCCAGCGGUGAACCUCUGACUAGACUAAACGUGAACGAAGAGGAGGAGAGUGCGUACGAAUAUAGAGAGCUAAUAAGAAAACAACCAACAAAGUCGGGGAGCACAGAAGAACACGUAGCGAAAUUCCGGGAAAAAACUAGAAUGACCGCUCGAAAACAAAACCAGUAGGCAGUUUGUUCUGAAAUCGUAACUAGGAAACAAUAUACAUGUUUCUUCUCGCAAACUGGUUCACUCAAUUUUUCAAACAAAGAUAAACGCGGUGCGGUAGCGCUUUGUUAACGCUAUCGAUUAAUGAGGAGCUAAGAAUGAUUAAUAGUAAAUAGAAACUGUUAUGUUCAUUGUGAGUUGAUCAAGUAUCAUUUAUUCAGUAAAAGUGUGAAGCGCGAAAGUGAAGUAGGUACUAUGUAAAAAAACCACGUGAAAUUUCUGAGGACAGCAAUAUUCUGACCGUAAUGUGCAUAAUGAUGAAAAGAGUUUGUUAGCGAGUAACAUGCACCCCACGGUGACGGCAGACGAAAAACGUGAAAGCUAGUGAGCAUUUGAGCAACUGAAACAUUGUGUAAGAACAUUUGAUAGACUUUUUUAAAUAAUAUUUUACUAAUUUAAUUUUUGUUUAAUUACUAAGGCUCCAGUAAUUGUUUGAUGGUGAAGAAAAAAUAUAAAAAAUACAAA